GUGGAAGAAAAAAAGAGGUUGCAGGCAGAAGGGGAAAAAUUGCAGAAGGCUUUAGAAGCACAAAAAGAAAACCCUCUGCGACAGAAGAACAGCUUGCUCUACUCAAAGAAGCCGUCCUCAACACAAGGCAGGACAUGAACUUAAUGCGUCAGACCUUGCGAAGGGUAGAAACACACCGGGUCGAGUUUGAAACCGUCUGGAACAACUUCCUAGAGAAGUCAGCUAAGGAUGUUGACCAACAUGUUCAAACGUACAUCAGGGCCUUGGAUGAGCAUGUUACUAAGACUUUCACUCCUGAAGUUGUAGAAAAGAUUGUGAAGGGAGCUGGAGGCGGAGGAGGAGAUGGGGAUGACGAUGGCGAUGAUGACAAGAAGGAGAAAAGAGGCGGGGAUCCAAAGGGGAAACUUCCACAAGAAACAGGGCAGGCUAGCAAGAUAAAACUUAAACUGCCAUGGACUUAUAACGGAAAGAAGGAAGAGAGUGUCUUGCAUUGGGCAACAGCAAUCAAAACAUACGUAUAUGGGCAGCGAAUCCCAUACUGGGACCGGGUGCUAAUGGCAACUUCAUGCAUGGGAGGCGAUGCCAUGAGCUUUGCCAUCUCGCUGCAAAAAGAAGCGGGAUGCAGUUCCAUGGUAGAGUUCUCGCAACAAACUCGAAUUGAAGAAUUCCUUAAAGCGCAAGAUGAUGGGCAUGGAUACAGACCUGUGGAGUUUAUAUCUUGUCGAUUACCUAAUGAGAAAGAGACCGCCUCAACGUAUGAAAGAGAGUUAUAUGCUCUUCGCGAAGCUCUCAAUCAUUGGCGACACUAUCUUCUGGGGAGACACUUUAAAGUAUACUCUGACCAUGAGACACUUCGCUGGCUCAAAACGCAAGCUCGAAUGACGCCCAAGUUAACAAGAUGGGCUGCAGAGAUUGAUAUGUUUGAUUUUGAGCUAAAGCCAGUAAAGGGUAAGUAUAACGUUGUUGCUGAUGCACUAAGUCGCAGAUUUGAUUUCUUCGGUGCCAUUGUAACAUAUUUAGAGGUUGGUGCUGAUCUGCAAGAAAAGAUUAGGAAUGCGUAUUCCUCUGAUUCUGUCUAUGGAACCAUGAUUAAGCGAGUACAAGAGACGCCAGCAGAGUUUCCUGAUCACAAGGUUACUUAGGGUCUAUUGUUUGAAAGAACUGAUGUGAAUGAUAGGUUAUGCAUACCAAAUAAUGAAGAGAUCAAGAGUUUGAUCUUAGGGGAAUGUCGUUAUACGGAAGGCCAUUUUGGGUGGAAAAAGACCUAUGGGACUUUGUUGCGUUCCUACACCUAGCCUCGAAUGAAAGCAGACCGUAUCGCAUAUGUGCAAGGUUGUCAAGUGUGCCAACGAAACAAAAGCACCACGCAAUC